UCAAGCCGCAUUUCCAGCACAAGCAGGACAGAGAGAAGGAGAGUUGAGCAAUGGCAAGAACCAAGCAGACCGCUCGUAAAUCCACCGGUGGUAAAGCCCCGAGGAAGCAGCUCGCUACUAAAGCAGCGCGGAAGAGCGCGCCAGCCACCGGCGGCGUCAAGAAGCCCCAUCGCUACAGGCCCGGGACCGUGGCUCUCCGAGAGAUCCGCCGUUAUCAGAAGUCCACCGAGCUGCUGAUCCGCAAACUGCCUUUCCAGCGGCUGGUGCGAGAAAUCGCUCAGGACUUCAAGACGGAUCUGCGCUUCCAGAGCUCCGCUGUCAUGGCCCUGCAGGAGGCCAGCGAGGCUUAUUUGGUGGGUCUGUUCGAGGACACCAACCUGUGCGCCAUCCACGCCAAGAGAGUCACCAUCAUGCCCAAAGACAUUCAGCUGGCCCGCCGCAUCCGCGGAGAGCGCGCUUAACCCGCAUCAGCGCUUCACCCCAACGGCUCUUUUAAGAGCCACAAACCUGCUCUGAACGAGACCAUUUCCAGUGACAGUAAUUGUUAUAAGUUUUGGUUUUCUAGUGUCAUCAAACCAAAGUGUCAGAGAUAAAUAUAUGUAGAUUAUAAAGUGUUUGAGGCUUUUUUUUCCCUCUUUGUAAUUUAAGCUCAUGUUAUCACUUCAAGAAUGAAAUUAGAGAGGACUACUGUAUAAUGUAAAAUAAUUCUGUACAGGUGAAAAAUGGUGAACAUGAGUUAUAAAACCGAAGUAAUUUCAUAUCUAAUUUUUUAGUGUCAGAGAUCAAUGUAUGCAGGUUAUAAAGAAUUUGAUGGGG